CCCUCCAAAAUUAGUACGAAAACAAGAUUCAAAACUGGGAUUAGUUUCUGACUAUCUGUGAUGCACCAGCAACCAUCGCCCAAAAGAUACCGGGCACCCAAUAAACGACACAACCAAGAAGAAAACGACAAACCCAGAUCCCUCCUCGAGUGCGCAGAGCUAGUCCUUCCAUGGCUGACCCCAUCAGAGCUCGCCAACAUAUCCCUCACCUGCAAAUCCCUCCACCGUAUCUCCAAGUCCAUCACCGCCCUCCGCUCCUCUGACGCCUCGAGAGCCUUCGAGAACCUUCCAAUCCCAUUCCUCAACUCCGUCGACACCCAACCCUACGCCUUCUUCCUCUACACCCCCUCUCAAAUCCCAUCUUCUUCUUCUUUCGUUUCUCCUCAACGCCAGCCUUGGGGCUGGAGCUCAUCCCAUGAUGUUCAACCCAAUUGUGGGGUCGAAACGGUGCGUUUAACGGACGGGUCCGCCGAGAAUGCUUGGGGAGGGUGUGCGUGUGGAGAUUGUUGUGUGGAUAAUGAGUGUCCGUGUUCGAGGUUUGAUGGGUUGGAGGAUGUGGUGGUGAGGGAGUGCGGUCCGAGUUGCGGGUGUGGAUCGGAAUGUGGGAAUCGGUCGACUCAGAGAGGGGUUUCGGUGAAGCUGAAGAUCGUUAGGGAUUCCAACAAAGGCUGGUCUUUGUGCGCUGAUGACUUUAUUCCCACAGGCCGAUUCGUUUGUGAGUACGCAGGUGAGCUCUUGACAACCAAUGAAGCAAGAAGGCGGCAACAAAAGUACGACGAUCUUGCCUUAGGCGGUUGCUUUUCCUCCGCACUUUUGGUUGUGAGGGAGCAUCUUCCAUCUAGAAAAGCAUGUUUAAGACUGAAUAUUGAUGCCACAAGAGUUGGGAAUGUGGCAAGAUUCAUCAAUCAUUCGUGUGAUGGUGGUAAUCUCUCCACAGUAUUGGUCAGAAGCUCGGGUGCAUUGCUUCCUCGCCUCUGCUUCUUUGCUUCCAAGGACAUUAAAGAAGGUGAAGAGCUUACUUUUAGCUACGGUGGAGUUAGGCUACGGUCCAAGGGUUCACGAUGCUGUUGUGGUAGCUCUUCUUGUUUUGGAUGGUUACCUUCAGAACAAACUUAGUAGCUGCUACAUACUUCUUGUUGCAGAAUAAGGUUGGAAGGAUAAAUUGACAAAUUCGAAACAUAGGGGAAGGUUGCCUGAUCCAUACAAAUUCAGGGAGCAAUAUCUCAACUCUUUUUUUUUUUUGUUUUUUUUUUUUAUCAAAUUGAAUUUUCUGCGGAAGGGACCAGCUCAUGUUAACCGGCCAAAGAUCUUCAUGGAAGUAACGUCUGCAAUAAGCCUCUACCAUAGCAAUGACAUUUUUCAAAAAGAUGUUAAGGAAAUCUGUAGAAUAACAGCAAGGAUAUCGAUUGUAAUUCU